GGCGGUGGCGGAACAGGGCGGCGGCGGCGGCGACACCCGUCCAGGUUUGGAUUACUCCAUGUUGGUGGUGGUCGGGGCGGUCGGGGCGCUGCGGGCCGGCGGGCACCUGGAGCGACUGUUGCUGCACAUCGAGUCUGGUGAGUUUGGCCAAAGUUCGGCUGCCAGUGGAGCCACACCACAGCGGGAAGUCAGCGCACCCUUUCACAAUAAAAUCCUCGGCCAUUCCCGGACGAAUUCCGUUAUGCGUGUUUGCUGCAAGGGCUUAUCUUUACGGAAAGAUAUUUUACAACGUGGGUUAUGAUUACAAACAGAAAUGAUAACUUCCCUCCGGUGAAGCAGAGAGCACGUUUGGCGACGAUGUCAGGCGGAGGAGGAGGACUUCCGGUGUGCGCUGCUGGCGUGUGCCAAUGAAGUUGGACGUUCUGGACCAGCAGCUGAAGCUCUUCGUGUCCCGACACUCGGCCUUCCUGUCAGAGGUGGUCCCCGGUCAACGGACGUUGCAGCACCACGGAGACAUUCUGGACGUGCAAGUAGUUCUGAAUCCGGCUCACGACCUGGUCUGCUCAGAGGUGCGGCGGCUGCUGCGUGAGCCGUCUCGACACAAAUUGUUGGUCCUGGCCGGACAAUUUGUGGAGGACAGCGGAGACUUGGUUCUGCAGAAAGGCCUCUUCUCGCUUAGCGACCUGAUCCAGAUCUGCGCUGACGAAGAGGUUGGUCUCUUGUGGCGCUCGGCACACCCGACGGCAAAGGCAAGUCUUACCCUCAGCUGUGCUGACUUGGGCCUUUGGAGGGACCCCUUGUUGAAGGACCACAACCAGCAAGAGUUCCUCAACAUCCAAGUCAACCCUCCCCUGCUUCUCCCACUCAUGGAAGGUCUGCAAGAGUUCACAGAGUACCUCUCAGAGUCUCUGGAGCCCGAGUCACCCUUUGAGCUUCUCGAGCCCCCGAGUACUGUGGGAUUCCUGAAACUCUCUCGGCCCUGCUGCUACAUCUUCCCCGGCGGUAGAGGGGACUCUGCCUUCUUUGCAGUCAACGGUUUUAACGUCCUAGUAAAUGGAGGCUCUGACCCCCGCGCCUGCUUCUGGAAACUGGUCCGACAUCUGGACAGAAUCGACUCGAUCCUUUUAACCCACGUCGGUGUGGACAAUCUCCCCGGGCUGAACAGUUUACUCCUGAGAAAAGUAGCCGAACAGGACAGGGACUUAGCCGAAGGUCGCGGUGAAGAGGACUGGACGAAAAAGCUCAUCUCCCCAGAGAUAGGAGUGGUUUUUCUCAAUGUUCCCGAAAGACUGAAGCCCACCCGUGGUGACCCCAGCGAGCUCCGCAGCACCGACCUGGGUGUGCUUAUCUUGGAGCACCUACAAAGACUCUCGAUCAAAGCACAACCUUUGUGUCGCUCGAAUGGGCCCUGCAUUGAGCCGCUGGUGUUGUUCCACAAGAUGGGAGUUGGCCGUUUGGAGUUGUACGCUUUGAAUCCAGUCAGUGGCAGUAAAGAAAUGGAAGAGUUGUUACAGACUUUGUCCAAAAGUUCCACCUCGAAGAGCUCAGCUCUUCCACUAGCAUGCCUGACUUCCAUUUGUGCUUUGCUGGUCUGGCAUCCUUCCAGUAAAAGGGAGAAGAUCGUGCGAGUCCUCUUCCCAGGAUGCACACCACAGGCCAAAAUCCUGGAGGGACUCGAAAGACUCAAACAUUUGGAUUUCCUCGGUGUUCCGGUGGUGAGUUCAGAGGACCCGAAAAGACCCAAAACAGAAAAGUUAGCAAAGUGCUCAGAGAGUCGAGAAAACCCGAAGGCCAGAGACUUGCGAGUCAUCGGUGCCUUCCAGAUAGACAAAAGUGGCCGGGUUCCUGUGAAAAAACAGGAGGUAAAACUGAAACCAAAGGCACCGGGAGAAGCUGUGUCCAGAGAAAAAGAGCUCGAAGUCAAAUUAAAGCCAGUCAGGCUUUCGGAGAAGCUCAUUCCAAAGAAAGAAGUGAAAAACAAAGAUGAGAGGGUGACUGCUGCGGUUGUGAAGAAAGAAGAGAAAGAAGGUCUGAGGAAAGAUGCGACUAAAGCAAAGAAGGAAAACAAACCUGAAGCCAAAAAAGACAGUAAGAGGGAAGACAAGAACAUUGUGGCAUCUAUUCCAAAGGAUGCGAAGAAGGUGGGUGGCGCUACAAGUUCUGAAGUGAAAAAAUCUCCAGUCAGGACUCCAAAGACGGACACGGUGAACAGAGGGACGAAGGGAAAUUCAGUCCGGGACAACCAGGAGGUCACAGACGACACAGAUGACAGGUACAGGACAAAAAAGACCUCAAAAAUUCCAAAUUUUGACAGUGCCAGGAAGAACCCCAGCGUGACCGAAACAAGUCCAGAGACCUUCGCUUGUACGGACUCCCCCUUAAGACAAAAGCUUGGCGCAUCUUCGGAAGAUCAUCAAACCAAAACACUGCCCGGCCUGGACUUCGACAGCUGCAGCCAGGGAGGUCCUCUCAGGACUUCUACUGUGGAAGCUUCCUUUCCCUAUCAGGACAAACAAUCCGCUCAUACGAUGAAAAACAUUCCCGACUCCUUCCCCACUUUGCCUCCUAUUUCCGAUCAGGUCCGCUCACCCCGUUGCAUUGAAGUUGCGGUUUCCUCAGAGCAAAUUCCACCGCUGACGAUGCAUUUGGCAGGGGAGGUCCACUCAAACGGACGUUUGCCCGAGUUGGACGGCCAUAUGCAGCGGGACCUCAAUGGUAGUUGUGUACUCGGAUCAGAGGAAGGUGUUCGCGGCACAUCAGAGCUCAGCACAGACCUUCCUCACGAUGGUGCUCUUGAUGGUCAUCAUGAUGUUGAUCUGUGCUUGGUGUCGCCUUGUGAGUUCCAGCACCAGAAGAUUGAACCAGCUGAGAACGGGCAGCAAACUUUGGUCAAUGAUCAGUCCUCCCAGGACCGAGGCAGCAGCACAAGCCAGGAAACCCCCCGCACAUCAGUCAGCGACUCGUCCUUCAUGCCGCUGGACUCCGAUGUCCCACCCGCCGUAGAAGAUUCCCCUUCCUCGGCCAUGGACACUGAGGAGGACUCGAGUCACCCCCUCCAUCCGGGACAUCCUGACGUGACCCUCUCCCUCGGGCCAGGUCAGCAUUCCUCGCCUGACCCGACAUCAGCCCCGCUCAAGGACUUGCCGCCAUUACCACCCCAACCAGAAGCUUGCAUGGCAGACGUCGAAGCCUUGAGCAAGAACCAAAAGACUUCUGUCAGCAAGACAAAAAAAACAACAGGAACUUUGCAAAGGAGUACUUCUGGAAGCCCAUCCAUCCAGAACAUCAAGUCCAAGGCCAGCGGCACUGUAGCGUUUAAAUCGGCGCCUGCCCUUGACACUAAAUUAUCCACUCGGUAUUCGCUGGGUGGAUCGAGAAGCGCGAGUGUCAAACCUUCGGUGUCAGUGACCAAAACAUCCGAGGCCUCCGCUGUCCACGUGGACCUGGCUUACCUGCCGUCUGGGUCUGCCUCGUCCACCAUCAACUCCGACUUAUUCCGACGCCUUCGCGCCUCCUAUUACGUCGUGAGCGGCGAGGAGCGCUUUAAGGUGGCGGCCAUGAGAAGCAUCCUGGAUGCUCUCCUGGAUGGGAAGAGCAGCUGGCCAGACGCUCAGGUCACGCUCAUUCCGACCUUCGACUCCGUGGCCAUGCACGAGUGGUACCGAGACACCCACGAGCAGCAGAGGCAGCUGUCAAUUACCGUGCUGGGGAGCAACAGCACCGUGGCCAUGCAGGACGAAACCUUCCCCGCCUGCAAGACCAAGAACUUCAUGCUGGCAGUCUACAAACUCCUCAGCGGACUUCCAGGGCACCAACGAAGAAGGUUCUGGUUUUGAGUUCGCUAGGUUGCAGCGAGAAGGUGAUAAGUAGGGUUUUGAAGGAGGAUUAGGAGCUGGUGGGGUUCAGGUUGGGAAAGUUUAGGUCAGGGGAGAAUCGUACGAAUGAAAUUGUUAGCCAGGAUUUUAUCGGGAGGAGAAAGCAGCAUCCGAGUUUCUGGGUUUUGAUUUGAGUUUCUUUAUUUUGGUGAACUCUAAGCAGGGGCAUGAAAAUGAUGCAUUUGUACCGACGAGUAGGCCCAAAAGCUUUUGAGGAUCAAGUCCUUGUGGGGUGGACUCGAUUGUUAUCACGAUGUUCCCAUCUAGCGCAUGGAAAGGUAGAAUUAAGCUCUUGUCUAUCACUUUGUAAGACGCGAUUCUGCUGCACGUGGAUUCCAAAAACUCCACCCCGGUUGUGCACGCUCACACAAGGAAGGUUAACUCAUCUGGAAAAGUGUCCGACUGUUGUUUUUCCUCCCCAAAUUCAUUGCGGUUUAUUUAUUUAUUUAUUUGUUUGUUUGCUUUUGCAUUUGGACCACUGCGGUACUCCGAACGUUCUUCACUUUGGCUCAAGACGUGUGACAACCUAUCUUGGCACGCCCCCUGCUGGCC